AUAUUGGCUUCUAUUGUUUGUUACAUACAUCUAAAUAAUUUUUAAAUUUCUUGAUACAUGGCUAGGAAGCUUAUGCACGCACUUGUUUACGGUGGAGUCGUCGAUGGAGCUGUCGGUUUGAAGCAUGUUGAAGUUCCAAUUCCAAAGGCAGGAAAAGAUGAAGUUGUGAUCAAAGUGGAAGCAGCUAGUAUAAAUCCAGUUGAUUGGAAGAUCUACAAUUUGAGAUUGCUGCUGCGCCCCCUUCUUUCCAGAGCCUCCCACCCUCCCAUUCCCGGUAACGAUGUGGCCGGAGAGGUAGUCGAGGUUGGAUCUGGAGUCCAAAAAUUCAAGCCCGGUGAUAAAGUCAUUACUGUUUUGAGUGUUAACACUGCGGGUGGCUUAUCCGAGUAUUGCGUGGCUAAGGAAAAAGUGACGGUUUUGAGGCCGGCGGAAGUGUCCGCCGCCGAGGGGGCGGGCCUCCCCGUCGCCGGCCUCACCGCCCUCAUAUCCCUCACGCAAUACGCCGGCCUCAAGCUUGACCAACCCGACAGCGGCCCUCAGAAGAACAUUCUGGUGACCGCCGCUUCGGGAGGGGUCGGACAAUAUGCCGUCCAGCUGGCAAAGCUAGGGAACGCGCACGUGACUGCCACAUGCGGGUCCCGCAACUUCGACCUCGUGCGGGGCCUCGGCGCGGACGAGCUCAUUGACUACAAGGCCGCGCCCGAGGGGGCCGCCUCACUUAGGAGCCCCUCGGGGAGGAAAUACGACGCGGUGCUGCAUUGUGCGCCCACGGUUGCGUGGUCGGUUUUCGAGCCGAACCUGGCCAAAAACGGCGUCGUAAUCGAUUUGAUUCCGAGUGCGGGCACUAGGUGGGCUUCCACGGUGAAGAAACUGACGUUCUCGAAGAAGAAGUUGUUCACUUUCAUGUUGACUCCUAAUGAUGAUGAAGGCUUGAAGUUUCUUGUUGGAUUGAUGAAGGAAGGGAAGCUUAAGACGAUUAUUGACUCCAAGCAUGCUUUGAGUAGAGGUGAAGAAGCUUGGAGUAAAGGUGUUAGUGGUCAUGCAACUGGAAAGAUCAUUAUAGAGCCAUGAUUUUCAGUUGACAUGUUUCAAUACUAUAAGAUUUUUUUUGUUAUAAAUUUGCAAUUGAUGUAGUACUAUCUUUUUUGUUAUUUUUAUAUAUGUGUGCUAAGGACCUAAGGUAUAAGUUGGUUUUGAUUUCAUGGGAAAAUGGUAUGGAUUGCUCUGUUUCGUUUUAA